CCACUGGCCUCCACUCAGUGUCCUCCACCCCUCUCUGCCAAUCCCUCCACUGGCCUCCACUCAGCGUCCUCCACCCCCCUCUGUCCAAUCCCUCCACUGGCCUCCACUCAGUGUCCUCCACCCCCUCUGCCAAUCCCUCCACUGGCCUCCACUCAGUGCCCUCCACCCCCCUCUGCCAAUCCCUCCACUGGCCUCCACCCCCCUCUGCCACCCCCCUCUGCCAAUCCCUCCACUGGCUUCCGAUUGCCCCCAUGGAUCAAAUUCAAAAUCCUAACACUGACGUACAAAGCCGUCCACCAUACUGCCCCAAACUACAUCACUGACCUAAUAUCCAAGUACCACCCAACACGCACACUCCGCUCCUCACACAAGACCUCCUUCUCUCUAGUUCCCUGGUCUCCUCCUCCCAUGCCCGCCUCCAGGACUUCUCCAGGGUGUCACCCAUCCUCUGGAACUCCCUGCCCCAACCCAUCAGAUUAUCACCUACUCUCCUCUCCUUUAGGCGCACCCUGAAAACCCAUCUCUUCAGGGAAGCCUACCCCCCUCCACCCCCUGCUAACCUGCCGACCUCCUCCACUCUUCCUACCACUCCAUCCCCCACAGCUAUCUC